AUGUGUCGCAGCGUCUCCGGCAGCUCGGACUAUCCUGCCCUUGAUAGUAGUGCGAGCAUUGGCAAGCGUUACCUCGGAACGAUGAACUGGGCGUACCACUCGGUAUCACGAUUAACUUCGAUACACCCAAAGAUGGCACCGUCACAUUGCGGGAGAGGGACAGCACUCAGCAAGUCUGAGCCUCACAAGCGGACAUUCUCGGAGCCAUCAGGAAUCUCGUUGACAAUGCAGAAACUUGGGACGGCGUGUUCACGAGGCUCCUCGAGUUCCUCGGUUAGACUGGAGACAACUAAGUUAGGAUUGUUCAAUGGAAAGGCAGACUACCUCCAGCGUAUACUAGAUGGCACACGAGCUGGAUCAGUGGCGGUGGAAGUGGACUCGAUGACCUUUCCAGCGAGUCAUUAUUGGCCAAUAGAUGUGGAUCAGAUCUGGGCAGAGUCAUUUCUUCCAUGA